CCGUUGCAACUGCCCUGUGGCCUCGUGCUGAAGAACCGACUGGUCAAAUCCGCCAUGUCGGAAAAAAUGACGAUAGAUCUUCAGCCCACUUCCAUCCAUGAGAGGGUGUACAAGUGUUGGGCCCAAGGCGGAUGGGCGGCGCUCGUUACUGGAAACAUCAUGGUUGACGACAGGUAUCUCGGUUCCGCGGGGGAUGUUGCAGUCUCCGGGUCCAGCUCAGCCAUCGUCGAGCGCUGGUCCGCGUGGGCGAAAGCGACUCAAGGUCACGGCUGUCAUUUGAUUGCCCAACUAAACCACCCGGGUCGCCAGUCACCGCUCGGGACCAGCAAGAGAAGCUUCUUCUGCAAGACAAUUGCGCCCAGCGCCAUACCGCUCAACCUCGGCGACAACUGGAUCGCCUAUGUUGCCCGCGCCCUGGUAUUUGGCACCCCUCGGGCCAUGACGCAACACGAUAUCGACGUAGUCAUCGCGCAGUUUGCUCUCGCUGCAAAGCUGGCGUCACAAGCGGGCUUCCAGGGUGUGGAGCUCAAUGCAGGACAUGGCUUUUUGCUAUCUCAAUUCAUGUCGUCGUCGAGCAACAAGCGCGUAGACGAUUUUGGAGGUUCAGCAGAGAAGCGUGUCGAGCUAGUCCUGCAAAUUAUUCGCGCCAUCCGCACCGAGGUCCCACGAUCAUUUUGUGUCGGCGUCAAGAUCAACACUGCAGACUUCAUGAACCCGAAAGGCUUUGCCGACAUGUUGCGGCAAAUAGAGCUCAUCCAUAAGGAGCAGGUCGACUACAUCAAUCUCAGCGGGGGGUCUUUCGAAGAUCCACAGGUUCUGACCGAGCAUGUCACCUCUAGUGAGCGGACCAUCGCCCGUGAGGGCUUCUUCCUGCGGGCGAGCCAGGAGGUCCGCCAAAAAUUCCCCCAGCUCGCGCUCAUCGUCACCGGGGGAUUCCGCAGCCGCAAUGGAGUUAACGCUGCCCUCGAGACAGGAGCUUGUAACGCUAUUGGUCUUGGAAGACCGGCCAUAAAAUAUCCAGAUCUGCCCAACAAAAUUAUGUUCAACAACGAGCUGGCCCACGAGCAGGCUAGAUUCGACGUCGAGGCCGCCCCGUCCGUGGGGUGGAUCGGAACCAAGAUCCGGUCCGCAGGUGCC